GUGUCUUUGUCAUGCAACGAUUCGAGUCCGUUUUAAUAAAAUGAUACGCUACCUUGGACGAUUCGAUGAAAUUCCGGGGUCGUAUCUUCCCUGUACUCUGUGCAUAGCGUUUCGAGCAUCGAUCAGAUUCAAUUUCUCGGGCGAAUUAUUAUCCGACUGUCCCAACGGGGGGGCGAGUACGCGUAAACGCUGUCACAGUCAGGUCUUUCGUACUGAAAGGGUUAAUUAUUCAGGGUUAAUAGUCAGCAUCAGCCCGAGUCACUGUAGCGACGUCGAUCUUCGCGGAACGCCACACGCUCAGUGGCGAGAUCCUGCGUGUUAGACACGCCGUAGCUACUAUAUUGAUCUACCUGUCCGAGGGCUAUAUCGGUCCGCGUGUUUCGGUGCAGUACCUUCCAGUCCGCCAACGCGAGAUCAACGUUUCGUCCGGCAGCUUCUCCCGCGAUCACGUUUCGUUCACGUCGAAACGUUUCGAACUCGGACCAUAUACAAUCUGUUUACUUCGAAUCGACGGUUCUCGUUGGUGGACGCUUCCGGCCGGGCAGGAUGACUCGUCCGAGACGCAUCUCGGGGACGAGCAGCAACAUAACACCAACGUGACGUAUCUUUGUCGGGCGUCAGUCUCUGUUUUUCUCGUUUCGUUCUUCAAUCGUUGGUUUUUUUUUUCGAAUACUCGCGGCCGGCCAUUUCUUUGGGGUUGACGUGGAUUGAUCGUGCCCGCUAUUUCGAUUGCUUUUUGCGCGCUACGAAGUGUACGUGUAUAUAUGUCGAUUUUCGACGUCACCGCGGUCUCGUGCAGGAGGAUGAUUAAACAUCCCUGGACACUGACGUUUCGAUGAGAAAAUGCCACGAUGCUGCGGCGCGUCUCUGGUUUCCGUCAUGGACGGCGACGGGUCUCCGCAGAGUCUCGGUUUGCAGAUCCAGGACGGCAAUCCUCGAAAUAAAACCGCAUUAGCGCCUGGGCACAGUUUGAUGGACUGGAUCCGACUGAGCAACUCUGGCGUCGAUUUGACCGGCGUCGGCGGCGUUCCGCGAGUCGUUACUUUGUCCGAGUUGGCCAAUCACGAUAAAGAAAACGACGCCUGGAUCGCGAUUCGAGGAAUCGUCUUCAACGUGACGCGUUAUAUGGACUUCCAUCCAGGAGGGACUAGCGAAUUGAUGAGAGGCGUCGGAAAGGACGCGACUAAACUGUUCGAAAACGUGCACGCUUGGGUGAAUUAUCAGAGUAUUCUGCAGAAAUGCGUCGUGGGAAGACUCAGCCGUGGUUCCGUUUCUGCCUCGUCGCCGACGGAAACCACCCCCUCCAGCACGACGGAUUGUUCAUCCGCGACGUUGGACCUGAUUAAAAGUUGCACGACGCGAAAUACCAGCCAAGAAAAUCUGUCGGACACCAGCCCGUCGAACUUGAAGAUGGACUGGAGACAAACGACCAACUCCAUCACGCUCUUCUACCAAACGGUGCGCGAUUAUCCGAGCAUCUCCUAUCACGUGAGGAGGAUAAGCGACUCGAAGUUGCUCUUCAAACUGUUCUUCGAGAAGGAAGUAAUAGCGCACGAGCUCGAACUGGCGGCAGGCGUUGAAUGGCCACCAGCGUGCAAGAGGAACCUGGAAACCAUGGAGGUGGACUUCACGUUCGCGAAGAAGACAAAAGGUAUAUGGAAGUCUCAGGGAAGUCACACGAUAUGGAGGGAGCCAAACACGAACGCACGGAUGUACAAAGAGUACGAAGUGCUCGCUAACACACCGUUUUCCGAGUUGGUUCAUCUGCUGGUUCUGCGAGCAAAAGACUCGUUGGAAUUGGUACCAGUUGGGAGACACGUAGAGGCCAAAAUGAACGUGAUGGGAAUGGAAAUUUCACGAUCGUACACGCCUGUCCCACCGUGCCUUCAUCCCGACGACAUGGUACCGAAUUACAAGUCCGACUGCAUAUGUCUGAUGAUAAAGAAGUACCCUAAUGGCGCGCUGAGUCCGUCCAUAACCGCCCUACAGACCGGUCAGACCCUCGUGUUGAGCAAUGCUUUAGGUGCCUUCGUAGUAGAAUCCUUCGAUCGUUACUCCGUUAUUCACAUGCUGGCAGGCGGAACAGGGCUCACCGCGAUGCUUGGAAUCAUCCAGCGGUCCUUGGCCAGGCGCAGCGUGAAGACUAUAAACCUCCUGAACUUCAACAAGGACGAGGACAAUAUGUUCUACGUGGCGCAACUGGACAAAGUUAGCGCGGAAAAGAAGUUGAAGGUUACACAUAUCCUUUCGCAAGCCAGCAGCAAAUGGACGGGAAGACGCGGUACCGUGUCCGACGACUUAUUGAGAGAACUUGUGGCGGAACAGUCUCCGGAAGCGUGUGUCUUCACCUGUGGCCCUCGAGGGUUCAUGCAGUCCGCGAAAAAAUCCCUUCAGAAGCUCGGCUGGAAAUCCUACCAAAUGUACGAUUUCGACGAUUAGUCGAUCCAAGCGAAAGUAUGCCUCCCCUCCUUUUGAUACCAAACUUACGAACAGAGACAGGAACGUCGAAAGUGAAAUAUUCCAAC